UGAAAGAUGAAGAUGAUGAUCUCGUGUCACCGCCUAACACAGAAGGAAACCAGUGGUAUGAUUUUCUUCAAAAUAGCAACCACCUUAAAGACCAAUUCUGACACCAAUUGGGUGUCCUGCAAUCGCGUUCUGAUGCUAACUACCCAGACUCCACAGCUUCCAUGGCUCAGUCCCACAAGACUGCCUCUGCUUCUGACUUCAGUCCUAAGGAUCAGGUCCCUGGGUGGCCCACAUUUCUGUCCUCACAACCCCUCCCCGCCUUUCAGAAAGUCCUUUGCUGUUUCCAUAUUAUCCUCGAAAAUCAUUGCAUUUUGUGAAAAGGCGGAUGGAGAACAUUAUUGAUCUGUGCUUGCAAAAACCAGCAGAUGUCAUUGGAAAAUCGAUGAAUCAAGCAAUCUGUAUUCCAUUAUAUAGGGAUGCUAGAAGUCAGGACUGUACACGCAGAUUAUUCAAAUUUCCCUUCCUGUGGAAUAAUAAAACCUCAAAUCUACAUUAUCUUCUUUUUACUAUUUUAGAAGAUUCACUUCAUAAAAUGUGCAUCUUAAGGAGACAUACUGAUAUUUCCCAAUCUGUAAGUAACGGUCUAAUUGCUGUUAAGUUUGGGAGCUUCACAUAUGCUACAACCGAAAAAGUGAGAAGAAGUGCCUACAGCUGCUUAGACGCACAGUUCUAUGAUGAUGAGACCGUAACAGUAGUUCUGAAAGACACUGUGGGGCGCGAAGGGAGAGAUAGACUCCUGGUCCAGUUGCCGUUGUCUUCAGUGUAUAACGGCGAGGAUGCUGCAGAGUAUCAGUUCACUGGGGCCUACUCCACAAGGCUAGAUGAACAGUGCAGUGCUAUUCCCACACGUACCAUGCAUUUUGAGAAGCAUUGGCGAUUACUGGAAAGUAUGAAGGCUCAGUAUGUUGCUGGGAAUGGUUUUCGCAAAGUGUCCUGUGUGUUAAGCUCAAACCUCCGUCAUGUAAGAGUAUUUGAAAUGGACAUAGAUGAUGAAUGGGAGCUUGAUGAGUCUUCGGAUGAAGAGGAGGAAGCCAGUAAUAAGCCCGUGAAGAUAAAGGAAGAGGUGCUGUCGGAGUCGGAGGCGGAGAACCAGCAGGCCAGAGCUGCUGCUGCAGCUCCGGACGUAGUCAUCAAGGUGGAAAAACUUGACCCUGAGCUGGACUCCUGAUCUAGCUUGCCCUUAUGUUCUCGGUAUGUCAGGGAGGACAUGGGAUAUGGACGAAGAUGUUUUGGACCACUUUUAAUUUUCUUUGUAUAACAAAGAAAUAAACCAUACAUCUUAUUUUUCCUUAUUCUGCUUCAGCUUCUUAGUAGUAGAGUCACUAUAAUAGACUUUUUUUUUUGCCAAGAUUUCUUUUUAAUACUGUGUGCAGAACUCAUGUUUAAAGAAAACAUAAAUUGAAUGUGAGGAAAAUUUCAGUCUUUUCUGUUAAAAGAUAGGUAUCAGGAAUCAUUCCUAUAUCAAGAAGAAAUUACAUUUAAAUAGUCAUUCAUCACUGGAAGUUUUGAUGCUUUAAUAUUUUAAAAACAUAGAUAACAUUUAUUCCUCCUUUUCCAUCUUCCCUUUUCUAGUUGAUUCUCAGUCUCCAGAAUGCUUUCCAAAAGUAUGUUUUCAAAAUUAUACUGCUUUACUGUGAUGCUAAAUAAGCCAGAAGAUGGAUACUGUCUUUAUGAUCUAAACAGCAAAAACACUGCUUGACACCUACAUAAUUAUCUCAUUUUGUUACUGGAUUUGAGCUCUGAAUCCUUUGAAUUGGCAGCAUUUAGAUGUGUCUUUUUCCUCUGUUUAUAAUCGGUCAAAGACACAUGGCGGCUUUCUGUGCAAUGCCUUAUGAACACAAGAAACGUGGGAUCAACUAAGCCUAAUUUAACAUUAGUGCACAUGAGCUUCUGUUGAUUUCCUGGUGCUCAUUCCUAAAGUUGAGUAGUAUUCUCAUGAGACUUUCCAAGAGUUUCCGUUUUAUAUAUGAAUUCUAGUAUCAGUUCACCGAUAAAUGAAAGCAUCACUUUUUGAAGCUUUAAAUAUCUUUAGGCAGGAAAAUAUACUUUAACCACAUGAGUGGGUAACUGCCGGAUUCUGUGUCAUUUGUCUGUUUCUUUAAUAGUACCUGUUGCACUUGGAUUUUAGGUACAUCAUGCUUUAGAUACUCCAGGUACCUCAGAUGGUCUGAUCUGUGUCAGUUUUGAAGGGAAUACUGACAAGAAGCCACUGCUGUGUGUAUGAGCUUGGCGAUUAGAACUAUGAUCUUCAGGAGCCCGGCUGUGCCUGCAUGCGGCCUUGCACAUAGCAGGCCUCGAACACGUUUAAUAUGUAAUUUACAUAAAUGCUUCUUGGUGGUUGGUCAGUUUCAUGGCAUUGUGCAGAUGUCUUGAAUUAGCUUUUGUGAGCAAGAAAGGUAAUCUCUCAGGCGACAUUAUAGCUUGUUAGAAUAAAUUGCAAUUUCACAAUGA